GACAGAUGUCUGAAACAGAUAAGAGUAUGAUUUGACUGAUAAACUUGGAUAUGAAAUGCUGGUGAGAAUUUGGAGAGAAAAAUUAGAACUGAAGGUGGGAGCGAGGACAUGAACCUAUUGGUAUCCCCAAACUUUGGUCCGCAAGUUAGUAAAUUUGCGAAAAGGUCACUCAAAUCUGUAAAAUUCCCAUUUGGGUCCUCCUCAAAUUCCCUGGUACAUGGCAUUCAUGUCUUUCAUUGCCCAGAUGAAGUAGGAAUCGUAGCAAAGCUAUCAGAUUGCAUAGCAUCAAGGGGUGGAAAUAUUCUUAACGCUGAUGUUUUUGUUCCAGAAGACAAGAAUGUCUUUUACUCAAGAAGUGAGUUUGCUUUUGACCCUGCUAAAUGGCCCCGAGGGGAAAUGGAUGAGGACUUCUUUAAGCUAUCAAAGAUGUUUAAUGCAAUGAAGUCUGUUGUUCGGGUUCCUGAAAUAGAUCCCAAAUAUAAGAUCGCAGUUCUUGCUUCAAAGCAGGACCAUUGUCUUGUAGAUUUGUUGCACAGGUGGCAGAAUGGUAGGCUUCCUGUUGAUGUAACUUCUGUAAUAAGCAACCACGAUCGAGGUCCAGACGCUCAUGUGAUUCGGUUACUUGAAAGGCAUGGAAUUCCAUACUAUUAUUUGCCGACAACUAUGGGGACGAAAAGAGAAGUAGAGAUCUUGAAAUUAGUUCAUGAUACUGAUUUUUUGGUACUUGCUAGAUACAUGCAGGUAUUCUCUGCAGAGUUCUUAGAAAGUUAUGGGAAGGAUAUCAUUAACAUUCACCAUGGCCUUUUGCCAUCAUUCAAGGGCGGGAGUCCAUCUAAGCAGGCUUUUGAGGCUGGUGUUAAGUUGAUUGGUGCAACAAGUCACUUUGUUAGUGAAGGACUUGAUGCAGGUCCAAUCAUCGAGCAAAUGGUUGAAAGAGUUUCUCAUAGAGACAAUUUGCGGAGCUUUAUUCAGAAGUCUGAGGAUCUUGAGAAACAGUGUUUAGCAAAAGCAAUUAAAUCAUACUGCGAGUUGCGCGUUUUACCAUAUGAAAAAGACAAGACUGUUGUAUUUUGAGUAUAACCCAAGUGGGAAUGGGGACACCAUAAAUCUUUGUACAUUUAGUUACAGGGAAGUAUGGAUAUUAGUGUUGUGACUUUAAUAUAUUGUACACACACUAUUCAGAAAAGAGAAGAGUUGACUGGUUUAUACCAAUACUACAUGAGUCAAGAACUGUUCAAGAAAAAGAGAGAAAACGACAGGUUUCUUCCAAUU